AUAGCGGAGCUUUAUUGGCUGUCGCCCAGCGGGACCCAAUCAGAAAGGAGGAGAAGGCUGAGAACGAUUGGCUGCUGGCACGGGCCAAUCGGGAGAGCCGGGGUUUGGCGGGAGUCUUGACCACCUCCAGGGCUGCCGGUGUCUCAGCGCCAGCUCUGGGUAUUCGGCCGCAGUGGCUAUGUUCGUGUCCGAUUUCCGCAAGGAGUUCUACGAGCUGGUCCACAGCCAGAGGGUCCUUCUCUUUGUGGCCUCGGAUGUGGAUGCCUUGUGUGCUUGCAAGAUCCUUCAGGCCCUGUUUCAGUGUGACCACGUGCAGUAUACUCUGGUUCCAGUUUCUGGGUGGCAAGAACUUGAAACUGCAUUUCUUGAACAUAAAGAACAGUUCCGCUAUUUCAUCCUCAUAAACUGUGGAGCCAACGUAGACCUGUUGGAUAUCCUCCAGCCUGAUGAAGACAGUGUAUUUUUUGUGUGUGACACCCACAGGCCAGUCAACGUUGUGAAUGUGUACAAUGACACUCAGAUCAAAUUGCUCAUUAAGCAAGAGGAUGACCUCGAAGUUCCUGCCUAUGAUGACAUCUUUAGGGAUGAAGCAGAGGAUGAAGAUCUUUCAGGAAGUGAGAGUGAUGAUGGGUCAGAGCCUUCUGAGAAGCGGACGCGGUUAGAAGAGGAGAUUGCGGCACGAACCACAAAGAGGAGGCAGCGAAGAGAGUGGGAGGCCCGGAGGAGAGACAUCCUCUUUGAUUACGAGCAGUAUGAAUAUUAUGGGACAUCGUCAGCCAUGGUGAUGUUUGACCUGGCAUGGAUGAUGUCCAAGGACCUGAAUGACAUGCUGUGGUGGGCCAUUGUUGGACUGACGGACCAGUGGGUGCAUGACAAGAUCACUCAAAUGAAGUAUGUGACUGAUGUUGGCAUCCUGCAGCGUCACGUGUCCCGGCAUAACCACCGAAAUGAGGCGGAAGAGAACAUGCUCUCUGUAGACUGCACCCGGAUCUCUUUUGAGUAUGACCUCCGCCUGGCACUGUAUCAGCACUGGUCCCUCCAUGAAAGCCUGUACAACACCAGCUACACUGCAGCCAGGUUCAAGCUCUGGUCCGUACACGGGCAGAAGCGACUCCAGGAAUUCCUUGCAGACAUGGGGCUUCCCCUGAAGCAAGUGAAACAGAAGUUUCAGUCCAUGGACGUCUCCUUGAAGGAGAAUUUGCGGGAAAUGAUUGAAGAAUCUGCAAAUAAAUUUGGGAUGAAGGACAUGCGUGUGCAGACUUUCAGCAUUCAUUUUGGGUUCAAGCAUAAAUUCCUGGCCAGCGAUGUGGUCUUUGCCACCAUGUCUCUGAUGGAGAGUCCCGAGAAGGAUGGCUCAGGGACAGACCACUUCAUCCAGGCUCUCGAUAGCCUCUCCAGGAGUAACCUGGACAAGCUGUACCUCGGUCUGGAGCUUGCCAAGAAGCACCUCCAAGCCACCCAGCAGACCAUCGCCAGCUGCCUCUGCACCAACCUCGUCACCUCCCAGGGCCCUUUUCUCUACUGCUCCCUCAUGGAGGGCACUCCAGAUGUUGCACUGUUCUCCAAGCCAGCAUCCUUGAGUCUGCUCAGCAGACAUCUGCUCAAGUCCUUUGUGUAUUCGACAAAGAAUCGACGCUGCAAGCUGCUGCCCCUGGUGAUGGCUGCACCCCUGAGCAUAGAGCAGGGCACGGUGACCGUGGUGGGCAUCCCCCCAGAGACUGACAGCUCAGACAGAAAGAACUUUUUUGGCCGAGCAUUUGAGAAGGCAGCAGAAAGCACCAGCUCUCGGACUCUACACAACCACUUUGACCUCUCAGUAAUUGAGCUGAAAGCUGAGGACCGGAGCAAGUUCCUGGAUGCUCUCGUGUCUCUGCUGUCCUAGGGAUUUGAUUUCUCCAGAAGUGACCUCCUUUUCCUUAUUUAUAUCACCCGGCAUCUAUUAGAUUGCAAGAUACAUUUGAAGUGUGGGACUAUGUGGUUUUUAAUAAAGUAAAAUGUUUGUUUGUGGUUCCA